AUGAAUAAACAGGAGGUUAACGCUUACUUUGAGCUUCUUGAAAGCAUAUUGACAGUAGACGAUGGUGUGUUGAAACCGAGUUGUAUCUUCAACAUGGACGAGACUGGUCUUCAGCUUAAUAAUCGACCAGGGCAUGUUCUAGCUGAAAAGGGUUCUAAGGCUGUAUCUACAGUUACUUCGACUGAAAAAGGAGAAACGAUUACAAUUAUAGCCUGCUGCAAUGCUGAAGGUACAUUUUUACCACCUGUCUGUAUUAUGAAAGACAAAAACAAAAAACAUGAGUUUGAGGAUGGAAUGCCACCGGGAUCGAAACUUUUCAUGUCCCCAAAAUCAGCGUACAUUACCUCAGAUUUAUUUAUUGAAUGGUUGAAAACACAUUUUGUUCCGAGAAAACCAGCUGGAAGAGUACUUCUUUUACUAGAUGAUCAUUCAACUCACUGUAAUUCUGUGGAAAUGCUGGAAUAUGCGAAGGACAAUGACAUCACCUUAUUUUUAAUACCAAGCCACACCUCUCACUACCUCCAACCACUUGAUCAUACGGUGUUUAAAUCACUGAAGACUCAUUUUUACGAGCAGUGUCGACUUUGGCUAAAACAAAAUCCUGGUCGUCGUAUAACACGAUUAUCAUUUGGAAGAUUGCUUAAUAAGGCGUGGGGAAAGGCAGCUUCUGCAGAGAAUGCAAUUGCGGGUUUUAAAGCUACAGGUGUCCACCCCUUCAAUCCAUCUGCAAUUCCCGACAAUUGA